AAUCCCAUGUCCAUGCAAUAUAUUUAUAUUAUUUCUAGUUCUCGUCCCUUUUACUUUCAGCAUGUUAAUGCUUUUAGAUAUAGACGACAUGUGUUUUAGCAGUUUGAUGAUGUGUUUUUAAACUGAGCAUUAUUUUAACCGUCAUGGAUAUUUUCCCUGCAAAAUGUUUUCCAUUCAGAUAUCAUAAAGAAAAUGCACUAAUGCAUUAUUUUGGGGGAUUAGGCAGUAUCAGAAAUAUUGAAGUAGCUGAUUCGUAUGUGCAGGAAAGAAAGCUAUCACCUCAGCAUGUUCCAUUUGAAUCAGAAUGGUAUUGUGCUACAAGACCAGCUCUGCCUGUCGGUAACUGCCCAGCGAAAGUUCCAUACCCAUUUGAAGACAGGGUGUUUCACAAAACUGAAUUGCAGAGCCAUAAAGUUGAAGCAUUUUGUAACAAAUUGAAAGUUAUGAAAGCAAACUUAAAGAAGCCUAGGAAUACAACCAUGCAGACACAAUUUGAAAAUGUAUUAAAAGGACUAGAGGCUCUAAACUGCACACAAGCAGAGAAUCCAGAGUUUGAAGGUAUUGAUGUUCCUCCAUGGCUUGGAGAACUGGUGAAACAGUACGGAAAAGUCAAGGACAUUCCUGGUGUUCUGAGAUACAACUCCAGGUACACAGGAGGGUGCAUAACAAAAGUGGGUACCAAGACAACAAAUGGAACACAAAUGCUCAUAUCUCCCGCAGAUCACAAUUUUAACUCAUUGGCUUUCCUUGAACUUAGCACAACUCCUGAAGUAAACGUAGCUAAGAAGUCGACCAUUGAGCUUGGUUAUGAAAUAUACCAGCUUAGGUCUGCACAAUGUAGAAAUCAAGAUUACUGUGUGGCAAGAGGAGAGAAUGUCUGUGAAGUGUUUACAAAUCAGGAAACCUCAGAUGGAUUUUCCUACUCUCUGAACUCUAUCGGAAAAGAAUACUUCCCUGAUGAACACUUAACAUCUGUCGAUUUGAGUGUGUAUAUUCCAUCUGAGUGUUUGGUUGCCUCUAAUCAGGGAAACAUUUACCUGUGGUCUCCAGGGAUGAGUAAAUCUCCUGUCCAGAAGAAUAUGGAGACCCGAUUUCUUUCCCACGAGUCUUGGCGACAGGCUCUAUUUGGCUCUCACCCUCGUCACGUCAUCAUAGCAGAUUCCACAGCAGUGCAGAUCACUGAUACGAGGAUGCGGUCUUCUACUUGUGUUGACCUUUUUGCAAUUCCCAGUAAACUCUUCCACACUAAGGAGAGGCUUUGUUUGGUGGAGAAACACCCAUCUUCCCAUCAUGCCUACCUGAUUGCUUCUGAUACCACCUUGUUACUGAUGGAUGACCGAUUCCCAGGAUGUCCAAUGCUUGAGUGGAAACACAUGCUCAGGAAACCCCCACAGGUUGCCUCCUCAGUUGUCAUGGAUACAGAUAGUAUUUUGGUUGCUAUGGGAAGCCUGUAUCCUGCAGAUGUUUUUGCGUUCCAAUAUAGAUACGGUCACCCAGGGCUUCCCCAGUCUCUUGGCUCUCCUUGGAGGUUCUCUCAUUUUGGAGACUUCACAGAAUUACCAGGGCUGUGUAAUCCCCUCCAUAAGUUUGCCUCUGACAUGAGAUUUGACGUUUCUCUAGCAGGAAUCUCACUCAUAGACACACCCUCUGGCUUCAUCUUGGUGCAGAUGGACAGUUUAGGAGAACUGUACUUUCAAGAAUUUGAAAAGUCAACUGAAUCCAGGGAAGUAGGAUUUUCUUCAGGCCCCUCAUCCAGAGAGGAGACUUUGGAUAAGUUCACAGUGGAGCGAGCAAAGAAAUGGACAGAGGAACUUCAUGAUUAUAUCAACAGCUGUAAAAAGUCAAUGAAGGAGGUCAACGUCACCGAUAUAUUCUCUGAAAUCUCCUUGAACUGCCCCGGUCACGUAUCCUGUUCCCUCUGUAUGCUGGACACGUGUGAUCUACAGAUGACAGAUUCGACACAGGCCCUGUGUUAUUCAUGUCUACAUCUCAUCUCAGAAGCUAGGGAAAUCGCAGACGCUAAGAUGAAUAACAUUGUGCAGAGUGCUGACUUCAUGGAGUCUGACAGAACAGAGGAUGAUGGGAAGGCUGAAGAAGAAACAUGUUCUCUGGGGGAGAUCCUGGUCCUCCAGUGGAACGAUGACUCUGAUGAGGACACAGAGGAAUAUGAGGAGAAGUUCAGGGAACUCCUAUUAAAAAGGAAUGAAGUGGUUAAAGAAAGAAGGAGAUCAAUGAAGAAAAUACCGUCUAAGACUCUACAGCGUGAGGUAUCAACACUGGUGGAGGGUCACAUUUCUCCACCCUUGUCUCCCCUUGAUGAAGCUGAUCAUGUACCUGAUGACAAAGAGUUGCAGGAUUUAAUAACAAAGUACACAGGAGUGACUGAAUUCAAUACAGACAGACCUUUGCAAGCAGAUGGUGCUUCUCAGUCUGCUACUGCAGAAGACGGGGAACAGAAUCCCAGUGAAAUAAGUAAUCAAGAACGAGACACAGUGUCAAAGAGAGCAGAUACAACAGAAGCUCUCUCAGAUUGGGAAGGAAAGAGGACAAACUUAACAAAUGAGCAGGAAAGUGAUAAGUCUAAUACUUUCAUUAGUCAGGUCGAGCGAGAUUAUCCAUUUAUGAAAAAUUCGCCAAGGAAGAGAAAGAUCAAUUCACAAAUAUCUGAUCGGAUGUCCAAUCUGAGUUCAAUAUCCCUAUGGUCUGACGGUUUUCUGUCCACUCCACAGAGGAUGUUAUCUCUUCAUUCUCCUGCAAAAAACAAAAUCCACGGAGGCGAAACAAGUGAAAAAGACACUCAAGAUAGCAGGGAAGUUCAAACACAAGACAUGAGUGGUUCAUUUAUACUUCCAAUUGUUCCUUUAACGUCAAGAACUAGACCUUCUUCUGCCUCAAGUGUGUGUAGCAGACGGUCAGUAAACUCUCACACCUCUGUUCAGUCGGAGGGAUUUAGAUCCACCCCCUCCCGCAUGCACAUUCUCCACUCUCCUGCCAAGUUGUCUAGAGUUCUCCCUCCUGAACCGAGUAGUGCUAGGUCAAGUUUGUCAGACUUGUUUGACUCCAGUAUUAAGGCAUUUGACCUUCUACGCAGCCCAAUGACGGAGAGUCCUGGCUCUCAUCCCACCAACAGUCAGACAGACAAUCAGGGCCGGAAAAAGGUCAAGAAACAGCUCCUGUCUGGUUUCUGACUCUCCCUACAUUUUUUUCAGCAAUUUUGUCUUAUUUAAUAUGGUUACUUUUUACAAGUACUAUUUUAUACUGAUCUUACUGAUAACAACAUUUUAAUAAAGAAUAUUUACAAUAUUUAAGUUUAUGAUGGUAAUACUUGUAGAGGUUUUUAACUCAGCAACCAGGUGUGGUUAACAGAGUGUGCUCUAUUAUGUUGGAAGAUAUCAGCUGAUUGAAUAUUUGUUUUUAUCAUGAUGUUUAAAGUUGGUGGUACAAUUGCAAUAUUCAAUGAAUAGAAAUGUGAAAUCUCACAAACUAGGUACAAAAUACUAGUCUUGGGCCACACCAAUAUAAUUUCUUGUUUGUCAUACCCCGUGCUCGUAUAUUAAUAAAACUGUACAAAUAAUAUAAUUAUUAAUUUCCUGCAUCUAAUAUUUUCUGUGCUGUUUCCUGUUCUAUUUCCACUCUAUUUUUUGUAUUUCAAAUAGUCUGAAUUUAGAAAUCAGAAACAAAUAGAAAAAAUAUAACCGUCCACACAAAUUUAUUUAUGUACUGUCUAAAAAUUUUGCCU